GUGUUCACAGUGUAUCAGCGCAGAGUUUGUGCUGGAUACAUUUGAGUUGUAUGCAUUUGAACUUUCUACACUGUAGCGGCGGAAAUGCUUCUCACAUUCCAUUUCCAGCGCCCGUUAUAGAAAAACUCCACUCACCGUUAAAGCCAGGUUUCCAGUCGUGUAAUAAGAGGAGAAACUGGAGGUGCUGUGAGCGUGAGCGGCGAGGAUGACAGAUUUUGGCUUGAAGUGGAGCUGCGAGUACUGCACCUACGAGAACUGGCCGUCCGCCAUCAAAUGCACCAUGUGUCGGGCCCAAAGGCACAACGCGCCCAUCAUCACCGAGGAACCCUUCAAGAGCAGCUCCAGCCUGGACCCGCAACUGUGCACCACCCAGCUCAUCUGCCCUGACUCUAGCGCCCGGCCUCGGGUCCGGAUCGCCGACGAGCUGCCAGAGACCAGCAGCAAAUGGUCCUGCCACAUGUGCACCUAUCUGAACUGGCCCCGCGCAAUCCGCUGCACGCAGUGCCUCAGUCAGAGGCAGCAGGGCUCCCAACACGGCCCGCUCAGUCCGUCUGAAGCCCCACAGACAUCGGACUCGGGGUCCAGACCAUCCCCGGUCACCUCGGACCCAUGCGAGGAGUAUAACGACCGGAAUCGGCUCAACAUGCACGCGCAACGAUGGCCGUGCUUGGCUUGCACCUAUGAGAACUGGCCAAAGAGUUUGAGGUGCGUGGUUUGCGACCACCCUAAACCCAGCAGUUCGCCCGAGGCGCCUCAGCAGGAUUCGGAGGCAGAGAGUGCCAUGUCCCUGUCGAUAGUGAACGAGCAGGAACGGGAUAACCUAAGGACAGUGAAAUUCAAAGCUGAAUCUUUUGAUAUCAGCUGGUAUCAAACCUUUAUUUUCAUCACUAAGCCGGUGGGGGACGGGUUGCAUGCACAUGGUGUUGUGGAGGGGGAUCUGGCCGCUGUGGAGGCGUACAAGUCAUCCGGUGGUGAUAUCGCACGUCAGCUGACCGCAGACGAGGUGCGAAUUCUCAACCGUCCAUCCGCGUUUGACGCUGGUUUUACUUUGGUGCAUCUGGCCAUCCGCUUCCAAAGACAGGACAUGCUCGCGGUGCUGCUCACGGAGGUGUCUCAGCAGACGGCGAAGUGUAUACCGGCUCUGGUGUGUCCUGAGUUAACAGAACAGAUCCGCAGAGAGGUGGCAGCAGCACUUCACAGGCGUAAAGGAGAGUUUCCCUGUUACUUCUUCACUGACCUCGUCACCUUCACAUUACCAGCAGAUAUUGAAGACCUUCCCCCAAAUGUUCAAGAAAAACUGUUCGAUGAGGUCCUGGAUCGAGAUGUACAAAAAGAGCUGGAAGAGGAGUCUCCCAUCAUUAACUGGUCUCUGGAGCUGGGCACGCGUCUGGACAGCCGGCUGUAUGCUCUGUGGAACAGAACCGCUGGAGAUUGCCUACUGGAUUCAGUGUUACAAGCCACGUGGGGAAUUUAUGACAAAGACUCUGUCCUGAGAAAAAGCCUCAACGACAGCUUACACGACUGCUCUCACUGGUUCUACACUCGCUGGAAAGAGUGGGAGUCCUGGUAUUCCCAGAGCUUUGGUUUGCAUUUCUCUCUGCGGGAGGAGCAGUGGCAGGAGGACUGGGCGUUUAUACUGUCAUUAGCUAGUCAGCCGGGUGCGAGUUUAGAGCAGACACACGUGUUUGUCUUGGCACACAUCCUUCGGAGGCCUAUCAUAGUGUACGGUGUGAAAUAUUACAAGAGCUUCAGAGGAGAGACGCUGGGAUAUACACGCUUUCAGGGUGUAUACCUGCCUCUAUUAUGGGAGCAGAGUUUCUGCUGGAAGAGCCCUAUCGCCCUGGGUUACACGCGCGGACACUUUUCCGCCUUGGUUGCCAUGGAGAACGACGGCUACGAUAAUCGAGGCGCGGGCGCCAACUUGAACACAGACGAUGAUGUCACUGUCACUUUCCUGCCGCUGGUUGACAGCGAACGAAAGCUGUUACAUAUUCACUUUCUGUCAGCACAAGAGAUGGGGACGGAGGAGCAGCAGGAGCGGAUGCUGAGGCAGUGGAUGGACUGCUGUGUUACGGAGGGCGGGGUUUUGGUGGCCAUGCAGAAGAGCUCCAGGAGGCGGAACCACCCACUUGUCACUCAGAUGGUGGAGAAGUGGCUGGACGGUUACCGGCAGCUUGCCGCUUGUCCAACUCUGUCUGACGGAGAGGAGGAAGAGGAGGACGAAGAUGAGUGAAGAACAGUCGGCGUCACUUGACACUACACCACGACCCUCUUGCGUUCCCCAACAUAAGGAAACACACAAACACACACCUCUAACCCCGACCGAACAACAAACCCGAGCUUUCCUUUUUGGUUUUUGUCCCUAAUACGACAAAUAAUGUGGGUUUGUUGCAAAAUAAAGGAAUGCAAUCAUGA